AUGUCCCAACAUGUGUUCUUUCACUUGCUAUGCAAGUAUGAUGCCUUUGUGGAUUAUCAGUGAUGCCUUUCUUCUCCCUACUAGAGCAGAGGAUCGUUGGCCAUAUAAAUGCUUGACCCUCAUCAGUAAUAUUCACUCGGGGCAAAAAGCGCACCCUUGAUGCUUCGGGUAGCCCCGAUAGAAGUCAAAAGCGACCAAGAGUCAAUAGAAAUGUUUUUCCAUUGACAGACACCAGGAUGCCUUCGGACGUGUUCUUUCUGAUUUUCUCUAACUUGGAUCCCUGGAGCCUACUUCAGACAGUCCGCACAAACAAAUAUCUACGGGAUCUUCUCCUUCGCGAAGAGCAGGCCAAAAAUCUGUGGCGGACUGUUCUAUACAAUGUACCGGAUUCGCCUGAAAAACCUGCGGGCAUUUCUGAGCCGCGAUAUGCCAGCCUUUUCUUCGACAAACAUUGCGAGUUUUGUCUCCGUACCACGACUCUUGUCCAAUGGGCAUUAGGCAUUCGUUGCUGUUCAAAAUGCCUAAAUACCAACAAAGUGUUUACGACAAAUCACCCUCCGCUAGAGCUGAUGCCAAUUGUUCCAUACGAAUAUGUUACGCAACAAGGUUCAGGCUUGGCUAAAUUCUAUCAUGUUCCCACUUUGGAGCGACUGAAGAAGGAAAGAAAAAAGCUUCGGAAUCGAUCAGUCGCCGCCUUGAGUAAAUGGGUCCAAAAACAAAGUGAUAUCACACUUGCUAAGCUUCAGCAUGCUAAAGAAUACAAGAAAUGGGAUGAGAAACGACAAGCAGCCCGAGAGGCCCAGCUUGUUUCCAUCCGCAAGGAGAGACUCGACGAGAUCAUCAAGCGUCUAAGGGCUCUUGGCUGGGGCUAUCAAAUCGACAGAAUGUCUCUCGCGCGAUUGACUUCACACAAACUGAUCGCACGAGCUCAACCGCUGACUGAUCAAAACUGGGAAAAGAUGCAGCCACACCUGGUCGAAUUCAGUGGAAGAGAUAAAACGAUCCAGUCGUAUCUGCGGAUAUGGGGUGAAGGGUCAAUUCUCUGCGGUGAAAGCUACGAAGGUGAAGUAUUGGGAGUUGGACGGAAGUAAAGGCAGUAUAUGGGCCUUUCGAGGCAGAUUGCGGUGACCUCUACGGCGGUGAUGGAUGGAAACGGUGUGAAAGUCACCGGAUCGACGGCCAGGAGUAUGUUUGAACCCAUUUGACUCGCUCCGAGUCGAUCGGACGGGGAAC